AAGGCUUAUUUAUUUUGAAUUAAACACUUUUAAGUGCUUUUAAUAAUCAGAGUAUCAGUAUCAACAUGAAAUAAGUCUAACUUUAACAUAAGUUUUUCUUUUAUUUAUAAUGGGCGCUCACUCUUGGUCUCAAUUCAGUCUAAUAAUACGAAUGAGUUCUACGAUGAGACGAGCUUGCCUUUGAGGGCCUAAUUGACUUAUAUACACUCGAGAAUAAAGACGCUGUAAUAAAGAAUAUAAUAUUUUAAUUUAAAAAUUAUUUUCAUUGAAACACUUGUAUUUAUCCGGUUAGGUAUGUAGUGGAUCACUUCGGCGGUAGACACAUGCAGAUGCCGAUGACUCCGCCGGAUAUGCCGCCAAUACCGAAGGAUGAAUUGGCCGCCGCGUAUGCCGAGCGACAGGCUGAUUCCGACUAUGGGUUCCAGAAGGAAUUCGAGUUGUUACAGAUGCUGCCCGAGUGUUUCCCGGAUAGGACGACUCACGCGUCCGAAGCUCGCGAGAACCAACCGAAGAACCGUUACCCGGACAUCAAGGCGUACGACCAGACGCGGGUGAAACUCGCCCAGGUGGACAGUAUCACUGGAUCUGACUAUAUCAACGCCAACUAUGUCACGGGAUAUAGGGUGAGUUUAUAUAUUUAUAACAAGAAUAUAGUAGUUUCAGUAGUGAAAAAUAAGUCAUGAAAUUGCACAUAACUAAAAUUUACAUUGAGAUUCUGUUAUUGAAUCUCAAAAUCGCACGAUUUUUUAUAUCUUAAAAAUAAAAAGUGUUUUUUUUUUCAAUAUGGACCUAUUCCAUUAUACAC